CAUAGUAACAGGGGAGCAUCUGGCAUUGGAUAUCAAGUUACAAGGAAAUUAGAGAUGAAAAAUGUCCACGUUUUCAUAGCUGGCAGAAGUAAGCAGGAAGCUGAUGAAGCUAUAGCGAAGAUCAGAGCUGAACUGUCAACAGUUAGAGUUCAAUUCCUACACCUGGAUCUAGCAUCUCUGACAUCUGUCCGGUCAUUCGUAGAGAACUUCCAGCACACAGGGUUGCCGCUGCACAUCUUGAUCAACAAUGCUUGGGUUAUGCUGGUUCCCUACUCUGAAACCGAAGAUGGACUGGAGACUCACUUCCAGGUGAACUACCUGUCUCACCUGUACCUCACGUCGUUGCUGCUCAACAAGCUGAAAGCCUCUGGUACACCAGACAGGUGUGCUCACAUCAUCAACGUGUCCUCCGUUGUACACUGGGUUGCUGAUGCCACCGACAUCCAGCCUAGCCACACAAGUAUAUCUUCGUACUCCCCACAUUCAGCAUACGCAAGUUCAAAACUUGCUGUGAUUAUGUCAACCUACAUUCUCAGCCAGUUGCUGAAGGGAGAUAACUCUAAUGUGACUGCCAACUGUCUCCAUCCUGGAGUUGUCAAUACAAAUUUGUAUGACAAUAUACACUGGUCAGUUCGAUGGGUCAUGGAUAUAAUGCGUCAUCUGUUCUUCAAGAAUGCCAUUGAAGCUGCUAACAGUGUGGUGUUCUUGGCACUGUCUCCCUUGGUUGAAAGUCAUACUGGAGGUUACUAUGACAACUGCAAAGUCAGCCAAUCAAAGCACUGGACUUACUCUAAGACUUGUCAAUAUAAUUUAGAAAAAAUGUCUUGUGAACUUCUGGGUAUUCAGAGUUUCAGUCAGACAUCCUGACCAAAUGACUGUCACCAUUUUUGUAUUACCAAUAUAUUUAUUUAUAGUCCUAGUCUGUUAGGGCGAAUAUUGAUAGCACUGAUGCAACAUUUGUUCCCUUUUGU